AAAUAAUAAUAAAAUCAGCUCGACGGCGCGUCGCCGAUGAAAAAAUGAGUAUAUAUGCAUCGGAAGUCGACCGCCAUCUUCUUCCAGCGAGGGAAAGGGAAAUUCUCUGUUAAAACGAGUUGAAUUGAAGUUCAGAGGAAAAGAAAGAUCUUCUACUUGGAUGGCGCAGAUUCCGAACUUGGAUAAUGCUCCCCUGAAUCUCCGAGCACUCAGGGAACAAUCUCAGAAGGAGCUUAUAAACAUCCUGAAAAAUAUUCGAGGAAGGAAGUGUUUGGUCGUUGAUCCUAAGCUUGGAGGUUCUCUUUCAUUAAUCAUCCAGACGUCAAUUCUUAAGGAACAUGGAGCUGAAUUACGACAUCUAUCAUCUGAUCCAAUUCAAACUGACUGCAAUAAGGUGGUUUAUCUUGUUCGUGCUCAGAUGGAUUUGAUGAGAUUUAUAUGUUCACAUAUUCAAAAUGACACUUCGAAAGGACUUCAAAGAGAAUACUUUGUUUAUUUUGUCCCUCGCCGCACAGUGGUUUGUGAGAAGGUUCUGGAGGAAGAAAAGGUCCACCACCUGUUGACCAUUGGGGAGUAUCCUUUAUACGUAAUUCCAUUGGAUGAGGAUAUUCUGUCAUUUGAGCUUGAUCGUUCUAACAAAGAAUACCUCGUUGAUGGUGAUACUAGUUCACUCUGGCAUAUUGCAAAAGCUAUCCACAAGCUUGAGUUUUCCUUUGGAGCAAUACCAAAUGUGAGGGCCAAAGGCAAAGCAUCUGUCCGUGUUGCUGACAUUCUGAAUCACUUGCAAACAGAGGAACCUGUUAACUCAAAUGAUAUGGCUGUGCCAGAGAUAAAUACACUCAUUCUUUUAGAUAGGGAGGUAGACAUGGUCACUCCCAUGUGUUCUCAGUUGACAUAUGAAGGGUUGGUUGAUGAGUUUUUGCAAGUGAAUAAUGGUGCUGUGGAGCUUGAUUCAUCAAUCAUGGGUGCUCAACAAGAUGGAAAAAAGAUUAAGGUUCCACUUAAUUCAAGUGACAAGCUGUAUAAGGAAACAAGGGAUCUCAACUUCGAAGUGGUUGUCCAGAUUCUACGUCAAAAAGCUAUGUCCAUGAAGGAGGACUAUGCAGAGAUGUCAACAACCACGCAGUCCGUUUCUGAGUUGAAGGACUUCGUUAAAAAGCUUAAUUCGUUGCCAGAAAUGACAAGGCACAUUAACCUGGCUCAACACUUGUCGACGUUUACUUCAAAGCCAUCCUUCCUUGGGCAGCUUGACAUGGAACACACAAUUAUUGAAGCUGAAAGCUAUGACAUAUGUUUUGAGUACAUUGAAGAAUUGAUUCAUAAGCAGGAGCCUCUUGUUAAAGUCCUCCGUCUUCUCAUCUUGCUUUCUGUUACAAAUUCUGGUUUACCUAAAAAGCAAUUUGACUACUUGAGGAGAGAAAUACUUCACAGCUAUGGGUUUGAACACAUGGGCACAUUAAAUAACAUUGAGAAAGCGGGAUUAAUUAAAAAACAGGAGUCAAGAAGCAACUGGCUGACUAUCAAACGUGCUCUGCAACUUGUUGUAGACGACACAAAUACAGUCAACCCAACUGAUAUUGCCUAUGUCUUUUCUGGAUAUGCUCCUCUUAGCAUUCGUCUUGUCCAGCAAGCUGUUAGGUCUGGAUGGCGUCCUGUUGAAGAAAUUUUGAAGUUAUUACCUGGGCCCCAUUCAGAAACAAAGAGAGGUGGAUUCCUUAGCAGUUCAUCAUACGAUUCCUUGCAAGGGGCUUCAACCAGUAAUGACAAAGUGACGGAUGGAAGGCGCACAGUCGUUCUCGUCGUUUUUAUUGGAGGAGUCACAUUUGCUGAGAUUUCUGCUCUUCGAUUUCUCAGUGGUCAGGAGGGAAUGGCCUACGAGUUGAUAGUUGGUACCACGAAGAUAGUUAGUGGCAAUAGCUUGACUGAAUCAUUCAUGGAGAAGUUAGGCUAGUUGUGUUUCUAAAAGGGAAAUAAAUCAUUCAUACAUCUAAGCUUUUUAUCUAAUUUGAUCUGCAAUGCUCUCAAACCUUUUUGGUUCACUUAAUACUUUGAUCUUUUUGUCUCGUUUUUUUCUCUUUUGAUUGAGAUUAGUCGACCGUGACAAUACAGAGUGUUGGUUUGCCCCUGUUCUUGCAGUAACC